CCGUGUGUUGUUUUCUGUUUACAGUUUGGUGUUGUUAGUGUGGAAAUAUUUUUUUACGAAAUUUAAUUAAAAUAUUGUGUAAAAUGAAAACUGCUGGCAGACAUCCAGUGGUAAUACGAAAUAUCCAAACCAGUAGGGGAGUAGUACAAUACAGCAUCUAUGAUUUCUUGAAGGAAAUUGAAAACAAGCCGGUAAUAUGGAAUAGAAUGCAUAUUGAUAAUAAAAAUACAGCAAUAUUGGAUCAAAAUUGGAAUAAUCUUGGUCGCAUAUUUGUACCAUACAUUAACCAGCUAGAUGAAGAGGAGAAAACUCAAAUCGUUGAUGAAUUAAAAAAACACUGGUUAGUUAUAAGAAAAACCUUAAUGAAGGGUUUACUGUUGAAAAAGAAAGGCAAAGGUACUCAUUGUCAUUAUUUACAUCACAUAGAGUUUUUUCUGAAUUCGAAAAAGAUAUAUCUUAAGGAUAUUGCCACUGAAGAAGAACUGCAAAAAUUAAAAGAAAAUGAGAUUAAAAUUAGGGAAGCAGCGGGUUUGUCUCCUCCAAAAAAUACAAACCGUAAGAGACCUCGUCAAAAAGGGGACAAUGCAGACAGUGGUUCACACGCAGAUAAAGCAUCCACUAGCAAAAGAGCCAAUGCGGAUGUUAGUAAUUCGCCACGAGUGCGUGAAAAUUCCCAACAAACUCUCAAUAAUGUUUGUGAUCCAAUGUCAAUGUGUGAAACUGCCAGCCAUCAAACAACAGAAGAUGACGAUGGUCAUGAAACAUCAUUUGAUUACCGCAAACAGCAGCAGCGUACCAAUAGCAGAAUCCAAAGAUUUGCAACUGAAUCGGCGCCAACAAAUUCAUCUAACAUGGCAAACAAUUCGUAUGAUCCUAAUCAAGCUUUUUUCGAUUCUUUAAAACCCUCUUUACGGAAAUUAAACGAUUCGCAAAAAUUGGAUUUCAAAAUUGAAGUACUGAAAACAUUAAGAAAAUAUAAAUUGUAUUAAUAUUUAAAUAAUUUAAUAAAUGAUUGUCUUGAGAAUA